UUCCUGGGCGUUGAGUCAUUUACCGGCUCCUGAGGCCUCACUGAAGCCUGUGGCUUGUUUAUUGUGUGUCUGGUUCUUUUUUUCUUGUGGAAGACCAUCUCAGGCUCCUAACACUGAAUCUCGUUGUGAGUGUUUCGGCUCAUGGCUUCUGGAGAGACCUGAGAAGCCUUCUGGAGCUUUGAAGAGAUGGCCCUGAGCUGCACUCUGCCUAGCCUUGCCUUGGUUGUGUGGUUUGUUAGGCUGCCACGUAAUACGAGCAGCCUCCUGAAUGGCUGCGAACCUUGAAGAUGAAGUCUCUGCAGCAGUUUGAACCCCUAGCUUUCAGGUAUUACAGUUGGAAGAAGGCCCAUAUCUUUUUCUGCUGGUGCUUCAGGCGUCUUUGGAAGUGGAGGCCACAGUAAGAAGGAGAAGCUUUUCCUGCAGGAUGUGGCUGAGCUGAUUCGAGCCAGAGCCUGCCAGAGGGUGGUGGUCAUGGUGGGGGCCGGCAUCAGCACCCCCAGCGGCAUUCGAGACUUCAGAUCUCCAGGGAGUGGCCUCUACAGCAACCUCCAGCAGUACAACGUCCCGUACCCCGAGGCCAUUUUUGAACUCGGGUUUUUCUUUCACAACCCCAGGCCCUUUUUUGCUUUGGCCAAGGAGCUGUACCCUGGGAACUAUAGGCCCAACGUCAUUCACUACUUCCUCCGACUGCUCCACGAGAAAGGGCUACUUCUGCGGCUUUACACACAGAACAUCGAUGGGCUCGAGAGAGCAUCUGGCAUCCCAGCCUCAAAGCUGAUUGAAGCUCAUGGAUCCUUUGCCUCUGCCACCUGCACCGUCUGCCGAACACCCUCCCCAGGAGAGGACUUUUGGGCCGACGUGCUGGUGGACAGGGUCCCCCGCUGCCCAGUCUGCACUGGCAUCGUGAAGCCGGACAUCGUGUUCUUUGGGGAGCCGCUGCCCCAGAGGUUCUUGCUGCAUGUGGUUGACUUUCCCAUGGCAGAUCUUCUGCUUAUCCUUGGGACCUCCCUGGAGGUGGAACCUUUUGCCAGCUUGUGCGAGGCCGUGCGGAGCUCGGUGCCCCGACUGCUCAUUAACCGGGACCUGGUGGGGCCCUUGGCUUGGCGUCCUCGCAGCAGGGAUGUCGUCCAGCUGGGGGACGUGGUCCAUGGCGUGGAAAGGCUGGUGGAGCUUCUUGGCUGGACGGAAGAGAUGCAGGACCUCAUCCAGCAGGAAACUGGAAAGCUCGAUGGACAGGACAGAUAGGAGGAUGACGGCUGCCCCACAUAGCAGAAAUGGUUUCACGGGAGUCACAGCCCAUUUCUGGGAGACCUCAUGCCUGAAGAACAGCGUGGGCAGGUUUACCAUUGGCUGAACCAACACAUGGGAGGUCUUUCCGGGAGGUCUUCCCAGGUUGUCAGCACUGUGCUGACAGGUAGGGUCAUGUUUAGACUCAAGAGACGCCCCCCUCACAGAUGCAAAGGAGCUGCCUUUUUGCUGUGGUUAACUCUUCAUGCUGCUUGAGCUCUUAAUGCCAAAAGCUUUCUGACCCUUUUGAACUCAGACUGACUGCAAUCCCAGACCGGAUCUGCUUCUCCUGUGUCCACGGCUCCAUCUCAAGGGCAGGCUCAGCAUCUCUGUCCGUUAGCAAGACCCAGUCUUGGGCUGAGUGGCCCCAGUUAACGUCCCAAAGUGUGGGCCUGGGUCCCAAAUAAUGCACUAAGGUCUUCUAGCAUCUUGGCCGCCUUGGAAUGGUUCUUUUUAAUUAUUAAGAGAA